AACCUCUCUCUCUCUCUCUAUCUCUCUCUCUCUCUCUCUGUGUUUUCUCUGAUGACAUCUUUGGCCGCGUGUUCUUUGCUUCAGCCAUAGAUUCUCAAUCAGCAAAGCCCAUCUGAAUUAUUACUAUUCCACACAUGAGCAUGACUGUCCUUAUAAAUUCAAGUCCAAGCUUCAUGACCUGCUACACCCUUUCUUCUUACUUCCUAUACUCCUUCCUUUUUGAUCGUUUUCCUGUGACGACCCUCGCUAAUUUGACCCCAAUCUACGAAGCACUACUGCCACGGUUUCAUGACCGGAAUGCACAACCCAAGCUAUGACCUUCCUUGAAGAGGGAUGGUGGUAAAGUUCCAUCAGAGGUGAGGAAACUCAUUACUUCUUGAAACCAAGUUCAUUUACGGUCUCCCACUUAUUUCCCAUGCAUGUUUCAUCAAUCAUCUUACAUUGAAAGCAAGGUGCUACUCUUUCUGGAAGGCUUGAGAAGACAUCCCGAGGCAUUCAAAAUAUCAUCAGCGUCCCUGAUCUCUUCCCUCUCCAUGGACCAUGAACCCCCAUUUCAAGAAACAUACGAGAACCUUUUACAUCUCCCUUAUGAUCAUGAGCCAAAAGACGAAAGCGUUUUCAUGGUAGAGGAAUGCGAUCUACCCAUGAUUGAUCUCAGUAGAUUAGAUCUCGAGCGAGGUAAGUGCAUAAAAGAGAUUGCUCGAGCAGCAAGGGAGUGGGGAUUCUUUCAAGUUGUGAAUCAUGGGGUUUCUCAAGAGGUUCUUAGCAGCUUGAAAUAUGAGCAGACGAAGGUGUUUCGUCUGCCUUUUAAAAAGAAGAUGGAAGAUGACUUUUUGAAUUCAUCAGCCAAAAGUUAUCGUUGGGGGAAUUCAAAGGCUACUUCUCUAAAGCAGGUCCCAUGGUCGGAAGCCUUUCAUUUUUCGAUCUCAGAUAUUUCAAGAAUGAAUGGAUAUAAAAGUCUCAGAUCAGCCAUUGAGGCAUUCACGAUAGUAGUUUCCGGUCUGGCUCAAAGCUUAGCUGAAAUUCUAGCACAGAUUUUGGGCAUCGAAUCUACUUAUUUCCGAGAGACUUGCCCUCCAAACAUGAGUUAUCUUCGAAUGAACAGAUAUCCUCCAUGUCCAUUUACACCCGAGGUCUUUGGCCUGGUGCCUCAUACCGACAGCAGUUUCCUUACAAUUUUGUAUCAAGACCAGGUUGGAGGAUUGCAAUUCAUGAAGGAUCGAAAAUGGUUUAGGGUUAAACCUAAUCCGGAAGCUUUAAUUGUCAACGUCGGUGAUUUAUUUCAGGCAUUGAGCAAUGAUGUUUUCAAGAGCAUCAAACACAAAGUGGUUUCCACUCGAGACGUUGAAAGGUUUUCUGUGGCAUAUUUCUACUGCCCCUCUGCUGAAGCGGUGAUACAGAGUUGCACUAAGCCGGCACUGUACAAGCAGUUCAGUUUCAGAGAGUAUCAGCAGCAAACCCAAAAGGACGUUCAGGAUACCGGUUGCAAAGUAGGGCUCUCAAGGUUUCUAUUAUUGUGAGUGAUAUUUCACCGUAAUCAAGCAAAUCAUGUCUUGGAAACUUUUACAGUGGAUAAAAGAAUUACAA